AUGGAUGCGCCAACUAUGCAGGCCACGCGAGAAUUUUUCGACGACUCGCGAAAUGAGUUCGUCGUAUACAUCCAGGGACUGUGUGCCGGAGAUAUCUCAGGUCAGGAUGUCGCUACAAUCCAAACCGAGCUUCGUCGUAUAGCCAACACACUUUCUGGGUGGACGGAACACUCAGAUCAUCCCAACAAGCUGACUUGCAGCUGUUUUUCGGACCGGUGCUGCAGCCUUUCAGAUAUAAUUGUAGAAGUCGCCGAGCUGGUCACUAUUAAGGACGGGCAGCUCCCUCUCACUGUGUUGAAGAUGCUCAAUAUGUUAUUUAUGCAGAUAGGACGACUCACUCUUGACGGCUAUCGCGAAGAGGAUGAGUAUGCGCGGAACUUUGAUCGCAUGGCCAAGGAUGAAGAUCGUAGAUGGCAGAUUGGGUCCCAGGGACCAGAUGACGGUAGAGCUGCACUUCUUUUGGGCCUUUGGACUUGUAUGAAUCGCUUCCCGAAGCCUGGUCCCAAUUGCACAUCCGAGUGCGUGGGUACGCAUGCCGGUAAUCCUUGA